AUGUGUUGGCAGUAUUCCAGCUCCAAUUUAAUUUCCGAUGCUGCUAUGCAGCGACUCACCACUUUCCUCGACGACGAUGCAUACAAUCGAAAUGACGUCAAGAUAUUCAAUCCUACCCGAGAGAAGAGAUUCGUAGCACAGUACCUUGAGGACCAUUCCAAUCCAUUCAGCGCUCGGAAUGGAUGGAAAGAAUCAUCAGUCUACAUCCGCCUACCUAAAGAAAAAAUGAAAUGGCCAUUAGAAGGUGAUGCCCCUGAGCUCGAGAUUAAGGGUGUGCGCCAUCGAUCACUGAUUGAUAUCAUUACGGAGGUUUUUGAAGACGGCGCUGCGACGACCUUCCAUAUGACGCCAUUUCAGCAUAUGUGGAAAGUAUCCGAAGAACGCACCAUCAAAGUAUAUUCAGAGGCAUAUGCCUCACCUGCAAUGAUGGAUGCUUACAUCGAGGUCAACUCCCUUCCCCGCCAAGCAGACGACAAUCUCGAAUGCGUGGUCGCAUCGCUUAUGAUGUAUUCGGACUCAACACACCUUUCCAAUUUCGGUGACGCCUCCCUCUGGCCGUUCUAUGUUUUUUUUGGAAAUGAAUCUAAAUAUACACGCGGGAAGCCUACAGCUUCCGCAUGUCAUCAUGUCGCGUACAUUCCUACAGUAAGUUGUUUUCAAAUUGCUUAA